AAAAAAAAAAAAAAGAUCCGAAGAUCAUUAAGAAAAAAGCGAAGCCGGUUUCAUCCUCUUCCAUUAAUCAAUUUCGAGAGAAAGAUUAUUUAUACUUUUCAAAAAGUCUUCUGAUUUGCAAGAGAGAUAGAGAGAGACGAUCACCCAAUUCGAUGGAUUUAGAUAUGAACGGAGGAGACAAGAGAGUCUUCCAAAGACUCGGUGGCGCCUCCAACCAGAAGGUCUGUUUCCACUGGCGAGCCGGCCGCUGCAACCGCUACCCUUGCCCUUUCCUCCACCGAGAAUCACCGCCUCCAGCUCCAUUCCCCGGGUCGUCGUCUUCUACAAACAACAAAAGGAUCGCUGAUGAUGACUCUGGCUUCGCGGGUUCGAGUCACCGGAGAGGCCCCGGGAGCGGUAACAACACCUGGGGGAGGUUCGGUGGGAACAGAACGGUGACCAAGACGGAGAAGCUUUGCAAGUUUUGGGCUGAUGGGAAUUGUCCUUACGGUGAUAAAUGCAAGUACUUGCAUUGUUGGAGCCAAGGGGAUAGCUUCUCCUUGUUGACUCAGCUCGAUGGGCAUCAAAAGGUUGUCACUGGGAUUGCUCUGCCUUCAGGUUCUGAUAAGCUUUACACUGCGAGUAAGGAUGAAACUCUGCGGAUUUGGGAUUGUGCUUCUGGACAGUGUACAGGUGUACUCAAUCCUGGUGGGGAAGUUGGUUGCAUGAUUAGUGAAGGCCCCUGGCUAUUGGUUGGCAUGCCUAAUCUCGUUAAGGCGUGGAAUAUCCAAACCAAUGUGGACCUGAGUCUCACUGGACCUGUUGGCCAAGUAUAUUCACUGGUUGUUGGUACUGAUCUGUUGUUCGCUGGCACACAAGAUGGCUCUAUUUUGGUUUGGAGAUACAAUACUGCCACUAACUGUUUUGAUCCAGCUGCAUCACUCACGGGCCACACCCUUGCAGUUGUUUCUUUAUAUGUUGGAGCUAACCGACUCUAUUCCGGUUCCAUGGACAAUUCUAUUAAAGUUUGGAGCCUGGAUAAUCUGCAGUGUGUACAAACGCUUACAGAACAUACUUCAGUUGUCAUGUCUCUCAUUUGCUGGGAUCAGUUCCUUCUCUCAUGUUCAUUGGACAAUACUGUCAAAAUAUGGGCUGCUACUCAAGGUGGAAACUUGGAAGUGACAUACACUCACAAAGAAGAAUACGGCGUGCUAGCUCUCUGUGGUGUGCAUGAUGCAGAAGCCAAGCCGGUGUUGUUAUGCUCCUGCAACGACAAUUCCUUGCACCUCUAUGACUUGCCAUCGUUUACCGAAAGGGGUAAGAUUUUAGCAAAGCAAGAGAUACGUUCGAUCCAGAUAGGUCCCGGGGGCAUAUUUUUCACCGGUGACGGAACUGGUCAAGUUAAAGUAUGGAAGUGGAGUACACAACCAACUGCUAUUCAUCCUUAAGGUUUGGAACAGAGCCCUUGUUCCUCGCCAUUGUUUACAUAUCUUCUUCUGAUCCGAGUGUCUUUUAAUUCUUUUUUUAUACCGUCUCCUGAGAAUCGUUAGUAUGGAUACAAGAGUUACUUGAGAGUUGGUUGUAAAUGUUUGUCAAAUAAUUGUUGAAGUUGAGAUAGAGCCA